GCAAACAGAAGGAGAACAAAGCGAUAAUAGAAACGCUGCCCCUAGACUGUGUGAAGAACGAUACAAUCAGAACAUUAUCAAUAUUCGUUGUAAAGUACUUUAGACCGUGCAUAGGAUAAGAUGGUGAAAGAACUCUACGAACUUUUAUUUAACACCACUGUGGUCAGAGCAGUUUGUUGACGCUUAAUAGUUAAUGUUGGUCUGUGUUCACCAUGCCUCCCUUAGCGCGUGACCAAGGUACCAGUUUGCUGUCAGAUCACGAUAGUGCAGGAGACUGCAUGAGCCAGGUAAAAUGUGUUUUGAUCGGAGAUGGAGCGGUAGGGAAGACAAGUCUUGUUGUGAGCUACACUUUAAAUAGCUAUACUUCAGAAUACGUACCUACGGCUUUCGAUAACUAUUCUGCUGUAGUCACUGUAGACAAUCUACCAGUUCGUCUCCAACUCUGUGAUACUGCUGGACAAGAUGACUUUAAUUCUCUUCGACCACUGUGCUACCCUCAUACCCAGGUGUUUCUGCUGUGCUUCAGUGUAAUGAGACCUACUUCCUUUUUCAACCUCAGAGAUCGUUGGCUUCCAGAAAUUCGUCAUUUCUCUCCUCAAGCUACGGUGAUCUUGGUGGGUACCCAAUGCGAUCUUCGUUUCAAUGUAAAGACCCUACUGGAACUUGCCCAGUACGGAGAACAACCAGUACCAGUACACGAAGCCCGGCAACUUGCACAGCGUACUGGCGCCCUUGCUUACUUGGAGUGUUCCGCACUGACUAAAGAAAAUGUCAAAGAAGUGUUUGAUACAGCCAUUCUCGCGGGUCUGCGAAAUAAUAGACAAGAUAUAGUGCACUGCCCCCGAGCCAAGAGUAUGAAGACCUGGCAGACACCGGAAAAGGGAUCUCCUCUAAAAAUCGCCAUCGUUUCAAGUUCGAGCUAUAGAAAAAGUAACAAAAAAUGGUGGAACAAACUAUGUUGCUUUGCUUCUUCCGAAUGAAAACUUUUUAUUGGUGUUGUUUUUCAGGAAUAAGUUGUAUAUUCUACUAGAACAAAUUCUGGUGUACGGUAGACCAAAAACUGGAGUUCUGUUCCAUGGGGCACCUCUACGAAACAAUGAAAUUGUACAUGAAAUGAAGUAACAUUUCUUUAUAACGGAGGUUAUAUAUUGUAAAUACUUGCACUCAAACAUGAUGUAAAACAUAUUUCUAUUUUUCUUCAAUUAUAACAAGCAUCGCUAAACUCGCCUGUAUGAUUACUAAAUCUUGAGUUCUAUUUCAGUUUUUGUUCUGUAAUAUACACCUGUACAAUCCGGUGAGUCGCUGCAUUUCAUAUGCCACAGAUAUUAUAUUAGUUCAAAGCACUUGGUGUUGGUAUCAGUGUUUCUGAAAUACAAAAUUUUCAUAGGUUAUCUGUAACUUCAUCUCGUAAACAUGGGUUUAAAUUGUGUUUUGUUUAUCGUAAAGAUACAGAAAUUAUUGUAUAUAUUGCAACAUUCAGUUUUACUGAUCUUUACUGUUUGUUUCAUUUUUGAUGGUUUAAUGUUACAAUAUUAAAGACAAUCAACCAAGAAGAAAACAUAUCACUUCUCUUACUUUGGUAUCUAACAUGUUUUAGUGUUGGAAGUGUUUGUGAAUAGGCAUUUUUUUCGUUUGGUAUCUAACAUGUUUUAGUGUUAGAAGUGUUGUGAAUAGGUAUUUUUUGUUUGUUUGUUUUCAUUUAUUUCUUAAAAUGAGAGCUUUGUAAAUGUAAAUAUAAUCGUUAGUUGACAAUCAAUAAGUUUCUCAAUGAAAUAUGUAGGAAUAUUUUUUCAGUGUAUCUCGUGCAGUUUAUCAUAUUUAUAGAAAUAAUCUAAACAAACCUAUAUAAAAGAAUUCGUGUGAUACCGCAUGUUAAUUUCAUUGUUCUGUAUUUUUUCUUCCCAGGACAUACAAAAAGGUAAAUUUUAUAAUCCUGUGUAUGU